AAUUGAUACCUAAAAUCACCGUCCUAACAUAAUUCUAUGUACCGGACCCCCUGGACCCCCCCCCCUUCGCUACGCCACUGAGGACACAAUGUGACAACUCCGGUGGGGGGAGAGGGAGUGGCAGCUUAACUUCAGCUCAUGUUUCCUUUUGUAAUGUCAAAGUAACCCAACUAUAUCCCAGAUAGACUAAUUACGAAAAUUUCGUAAUAGUAUUGCAAUUAAGAGAUUAUCUUAUCGUGAGGGGUGUGGUAUUUUUAGAAACCCUGGAGGGGUUUUUUUCCAGGAAAUUAUUUUUUGGAUUUCGUCAUCUCAUGCCGGCCGUAUAAAUAGAGGUUCGUUUGAAAGAAAGAUUCAGUUUAUUCGAGGUAGUCACUGGAGUCACUUCAGAGCUCUUAUACCUGUAUAAUUAUGGAUAUCGUUCGUAGUGACCGGGGUGUACUCUAUGUACACAACAAUUUUAUUUAUAAAAGUAACAAAUUACAAAACAAUAUUCGAUAUUUAAAAUGUAAUAUGAAUACAUGUUUAAGCCGGGCAUGCUUUAAUGAACAAACUGCUCAAGUGACCACCACACCCCACAACCACGAUCCUGAUGAAGUGGCUGUAGAACUUCUGCACUUGAAAAAUGAACUCAAGGCCCAGGCAGUUACUGACCACAGGGCGCCGAGAGUCAUAUUUGACGAUGUUUGUGUAAGGUUUCCCAGAGCAGCUUUAAGGAUCGGGUAUCCCGGGGUACGCUCAACAAUAUACAAAUAUCGUCAACGGGGAAACCCGCCAAUACCUCGAUCCUUACAAGAAUUUUCCACCAUACUCCUUGGAGACCAGUGGAGACAUCUUUCUAUGACCAUCGAGGGUGGCGACGAACCACUGUUCCGAGGUGUCGUUGGCGGAGAGGCUGAAGGGUGGACAGCAGCCAUAUACGUUUCACCGCGACUACGGACUGCGCUGGUCAACACGCAACGGCUCCACAUUGAUGGAACAUUCAAAGUAUUACCCGAACAGCUGCAUGCUUAUCAGCUGGUGACAAUCCAUGGCGAGUUCUUGAAUCAUCUGUUUCCGGUAGCUUUUGUGCUAAUGACGAGGAAAACACAGGACUCCUACCAAGGUGUUUUCGUAUUUUUAAAACAAUUGAUUCCUGAUUGGAAUCCGCAGGUCAUUUUGACUGACUUUGAGUUGGCUAUGAGCAAUGCUGCUCAGUUAGUAUGGCCUAAUGCUCGAGUAGUCGGAUGCUUCUUUCAUUUUGCACAGGCAAUCUAUCGCAUGCACAGGCAGCUUCGCCUCCAACACAUAGUUGACACCAACGUACAGGCUGCUAAGACUCUUCAGAUGCUGAUGUCAUUAGCUUUGCUGCCUGCUGAAAGAAUUGCACUUGGCCUCAGGGUCAUAACCCACUACGCAGUGCUGCACGGUCUGGCAGCCAGAUUCAGAAUACUGCUUCGCUAUAUGGAAAAUUUCUGGAUGCGGAUGGUCGGUGCAAAUCGAUUUAGCGUGUUUGGCGAGCCGCACCGGACCAACAACGCUCUGGAGGCAUUCCACAGCAGCUUAUUAAGGACAAUGGGGCCACAUCCUGGAGUGUGGAAGUUCCACGAUAACCUCAGGAAAAUUGAAAAUGCCCAGUGGCAGGACUACAAUCGAAUGGCGAAUGGCGUACAGCAUGUUCGCCAAAGAAGGCGUGCCUACGUGCGCCAAGACGCUGCAAUACACCAGGCGUCAACCAUGUUGAUCCAGGGGAGAUACAAUGAGGCGCAGUUCCUAAACCGCGUGUCGCACUUUACCUUGUCGUUAGCCGACACAAUGAGAGCUGAGCGAGUGCGGCUAGCGGCAAUCCCUGGCAAUGAUGGGCGCCGUGUAGCAGCAGCAGAACCAGUGAUGCCACCACCACUUCUGCAAGCUGAGCAAAAUCGUCGUCCUGCCCCUGAGGUUUGUAAACUUACUGUUUUCGUUGUAGUUAAUUUUUGACACCUAAGGAGGUCAUAAUUAUUACAGCAAUUUCAUAUUUCAAAUUGGCUUUAAAGGUUUGUGUAUAUUAUAUUUCAAGAAAACUAAUGAAACUAGAACCCCUUUCUUUCCUUGGCAUACUUUUGCAUG